AUGCAGGCCAACGGGGCAGGACAGGGUCAAGAUUCGGAGCUGUCCUGCCUAAACAACAGUGCGCAAAACGGAGAGUCGUCCUCCGCGGGGGGAGCUCACACUAACGGACUAUCCACAACAAACAAUGGGAACUCUGUCAGUAACAACAACGGUAUCACAGCCCCAGCGGCAUCCAACAACACCGUGUCUUCGGAUGCCAACUCCGUGAAAAAGAAGACACGUCUUUCUCAGUCAGAGGAAGAUGUCAUUAGACUUAUAGGGCAACAUUUACACGAUUUAGGGCUUAAGUAAGUAGCUAACGUUAGCUUCCUAGCUAGCUGUCAGCUGAUGCUAAAUCAUGUACUUCAUAAUAACCGCGAAUAAAGCAAGUCAUCAUGUUGACAGCGACUAGUUCGGUGAGAUAAACAGAGGAGUUUUGUAGAGGGAAAAUUGAAUACAGCAUGGGUCCUUUAGAAAAUUGAUGAAGGGAGAAAGAUGGCCCAUUAUUGCACAAUUUAGCUAGUCUUGGUAGGAAGCUAGCUAACUGUUACUUUGGGGUCCAGAAAUGGGACUGCAGGUUUCUUGUUAAGUAGCCUAAAGACACAACACUUCCCUAACCAUCAGCCAUACGCAGACUUUUAUAUUUAUAUAUAUAUAUUUAUUUAUUAUUAUUAUUUUUUAAGUGUAAUUCAAAAGAUGCUUAUAAUGACAUUACUCUUGGGAGUUUCCAAUACCAUGGAAACUGGAAAAUCUAGUCCAGAAUGCUUUGAGAAUGUUUGGUUACUUGAUAGUAUUUGCAUGUGAAUCAAGCCACAAGGUCACGUGAAAUCGAUCUGUUUUCAUUAAGAAUUUUGAAAAUCGAACAGUCACCACAUUUGCCUCCAACUUUGACAAAGAUAUGUCUACAGAUUUGAUACAGCACAAGUCAAAUUGUUUAUGACUUCGGCAAGUCAUUGAUAAAGAUACAAUGAUCACCCUAUCAGGCAUUGUGAUAUUGUACUUGACCAAGUAAUAAGUUAGAAAAACAUGAUUCAAAUUAAUUCUUUAUAACCUGGUCUGGGCUCUGACAAAAUAAGAAAUUUAACAAAUAUGUUAUUUUUGAAUACCUGUACAUAAAGUAAUGCUAUUUGACUCUCCUUUUGCAAAUACUUUGUAUUUCUCCUUUGCAAGUGCUCACCCUCCCCCUCUCAUCUACAGUCAGACAGUGGACCUGUUGAUGCAGGAGUCUGGCUGCAGACUGGAGCAUCCCUCUGCCACAAAGUUCCGCAACCAUGUGAUGGAAGGAGAGUGGGACAAGGUGAUGAAAUCGUUUUUAUUUUUAAUCUAAGCUUUAGAGGUACACAACACAUCUAUUCUACUUGUUGACUUAUUUUAUUAAUUUCUCUCAAACUUUUUAAACAAACAUUUCACUUAUUAAGUUUAAAUGUACAGUAGUUUGAAAAUAGAAAAUAACCAGUGUCUAUUUUUUUUGUUUGAAUAUAGGCUGAAAGUGACCUGAAUGAGCUGAAAGCGUUGAUGCAUUCUCCAAGUUCUAUUGUGGUAAGUCCAACAGUGCUACAGUUAGUGGUUGGUUUCGGUUUGAUUAUUAAAAAAGAAAGAAAAUCACUGAUUAUUGUUUUUAACAUUAAAUGCACUAAGCAUUAUGUGGGUUGAAUGCUGUAACUACACAGAAUAAAACAAUUAAUAAAAGUCCCAUGAUGGUAGUGACUGCCCAUUACUGCUUAUCACUUAUUAACCAUCAUUUAUUCACAUUGCUUUACAAUAUUUCAGUUGUUGUGUAUGUUACAUUUGUUUUACAUUAUUUAAUUCCAUGUCAUCAUCUCAUCUCUAUAGAGCUGCUGCCUAUGCUGUCUGACAAAAUCCCUAUUUUAGUAGUUCUUCAAAGUAAAUAAGGCAUACUUUUAUGACUGCUGAAUACCAACUAUCAAUCUUAGAUGAUGUAUUUUCAGGUAGCGAUACCUCACGAAGCAACUGCUCUCUAUCCCUCUUGAUCGCGCGUUCUUCUGUCUCUUCUCUCCGUCUCAGACCGGACAAGUAGGCGCGCAAUUUAUUAUGGUCAUUGUAGUUAAUUACCAUGUUUUCUGCACAAACCUAUGUAGAAUAUUGGCCUGUUGGAAACUACAACUCUCUACUACAUCGCACAGUUCGGGCUUGAUCUGAUUUAUCUCUAGAGAAACUGCGCAUUGUGCGCACAGAAAAAACCUGAAUAAAAUGGAAUUCAAAUAAGUGAACUGACAUCGGUCAAUUAGUUGUUUAAAAAGCGAAAAAUAACUGACAUUUCGGUUAAUCGCACAGCACUAGCUACAGUAGAAUGCGGACAAGACAUUGACAACUAUUGCUUGUCAGAGUAAAAGAGUAGUAUGUGUAGGCUACAUUUUCCUCAGACAACCAUUUUGAUAUGUUUUAAGAUGCAUGUGCUUAACUUGUAAUGCACUCAUAUUUGUAUAUUUCCUCGCCUCCCUUCUGUCUUAUUUUCUCCUCCAUAGCGGAUGAAGUUCCUGCUCCUGCAGCAGAAAUACCUGGAGUAUCUGGAGGAUGCCAAGGUCCUGGAGGCGCUGCAGGUCCUGAGAGCUGAGCUCACUCCCCUCAAGUACAACACAGAGCGCAUCCACAUCCUGAGCGGGUAGCUACCUCCGAUCAACAGUCAUAAUGCCCUAUCCCACCCUAAAGAAAUGGCCUAGAUCACAGAGAUAUAGCUAAGCCUCUUUUGAAAUUGAAAACGCUGUCACUUGUAGUGCCUUUUAAAAACUUGAUCCAUGUCCAUUGCAAUGUGUGACAACUAACCAUUCCAUCAGUGAGGAGUGUUUGUGUUGGAGUAUGGCCAAUCCUCGUUCAGUAUGGUCACUGGUAUGGAUUUGUUAAUGACACAUUUUUUGCACCUCUUUGAAUUUUAGCUGAUUUUGAGUGAGCUAGAAUAAUGGGGUUCCCUGUCUGACUGUCUCCGCGGUGCUGGGGGUGAGUACUGCAGGGCAGCCUAAUGCUGAUGUCAUCUCUUUCCAAGGUACCUGAUGUGCAGCCAUGCAGAGGAUCUGAGAGCAAAGGCAGAGUGGGAGGGAAAAGGCACUGCCUCCCGCACUAAACUCCUGGACAAGUUACAGAGUGAGUGCCAUCCUACACGUACACACACACACACACACAUACACAUCUCACACACACACACACAUACCACAUCCUCACAUUCAGCCUUACCCCCGGUUUUUUAAAAGAUGAGUGCACCUUUUUUAUCAAAUGAAUUGCUCUCCAGGUUAGAAACAGAAUUUAUGGUCUUUAAACACAGAUAUUUUGUUGCUCUUCUUUUCCGAGUGACAUUUUAAGAAUGUAUUUGAAACAAUUUCUCUCUCUCCCUCUCUCUUUGUUCCCCUCAUUCCUAUCUUAUCACACUGUGCCUCACUCCCUCCCUUCUCCUGUCUGCAGCGUACCUGCCUCCCGCUGUGAUGCUGCCUCCGCGCCGGCUGCAGACCCUGCUGAGGCAGGCUGUGGAGCUGCAGAGAGAGCGCUGCCUCUACCACAACACCAAACUGGACAGUGGCCUGGACUCUGUGUCCCUCCUCCUGGACCACGCCUGCAGCCGGUAAGGCUCUUCACUUUAUACUUUGUCUGUAUUUGUCUGUCCUUUCUGUGUUCAUUCCCUUAAUUUGGCCCGCAAAAUUGCCUUGCCUUGGACCUCAGCUGUAGUUGUAAUGGUCUUACUUCCCAGUAAUAGUUUGUUUUGCUUCUAUUGUGGUGGUUAUGUCACAAGAUUGUAUGUAUUCACGCGGCAUUGACUAACGUUAGUUUUCUGACGUUCACAUGUUCUAACUGGGUAGGAAGUGAAGUGCUUCAUUUAAACCAAUGCAAAAACCUUAGCGCAUUGUCAUUGUCUACCCUGGUUUUUUUUUUAAUUAUUAGCUGCCCACACUAGCUGGGUAGAACGUUCAGGGUGAUAAGGUUCUAUUCCUGAUAUCACAAAACCUUAUUCUCUCCUCUAUGUCCUCCCUCCCUGACGUCUGAGUGUUGUUAUCUACAGAAAACAGUUCCCUUGCUACACCCAGCAGAUCCUCACCGAACACUGCAAUGAAGUGUGGUUCUGCAAGUUCUCCAAUGACGGCACCAAACUGGCCACGGGAUCCAAAGACACCACAGUCAUCGUGUGGCAUGUCAACACAGUAGGAACCUUCCUCAUUACAGAUGAACCAUGAUCAUGCUGAUAAGUGUGUCAGGUUUUAGUAGACAGAGCAUAAGAGCGGGGCGUUUCAAUGGAGUGGCGGAGGCAGGAAGAUGUGAACUUUGGGGGGAAUGAUUAGUUGAGGUGAUAACUGUGCUGCUGAUUGACAGGAGAGUCACCAGUUGAAGCUGAUGAAGACUCUAGAGGGCCACGCUUACGGUGUCUCAAACCUGGCCUGGAGCCCUGAUGACACCUACUUGAUUGCCUGUGGCCCCGAUGACUGCUCAGAGCUGUGGCUGUGGAACGUACAGGUAACGUUGGAUUGACCUUUUAUCCAGAAAGCUUGUUGUUGGAAAGAUCAAAAGUCCUCUACAAAGUUCUAUUCCUCAAUGAUUGUGUUGCGGGUAAAUUAGAGAUGACUUCCACAUCUUACUGUCACCAGGAUGAAAAGGGUAGUUGUUAUUGUCAUGUUAUUACUAGUCAUUAAAAAAAGGUUAAAGUUUUUUUUUUUUUUUUUUUACUCCUCCCUGCUCACUCACCCAUGUCUCUUGUCAUUGGCCAGACGGGUGAGUUGCGGACAAAGAUGAGCCAAUCACACGAGGACAGCCUGACUAGUGUGGCCUGGAAUCCAGAUGGCAAGCGCUUUGUCACCGGAGGCCAGAGGGGCCAGUUCUACCAGUGUGUGAGUGUCUUCCUUCUGGGUGUGACCUGUCAUAAGGGCAGAUUGAGCUAUUGUGUGUGUUGGACUAAUCAGUGCAUUGAGGUUGGUUGAUUGAUAUAACCUUAUCCCCAGGAUCUGGAUGGUAACCUGCUGGACUCGUGGGAAGGAGUAAGGGUUCAGUGCCUGUGGUGCCUGGGUGACGCUCGGACCGUACUGGCAUCAGACACACACCAGCGUAUCCGUGGUUACAACUUUGAGGACCUUACGGACAGAAACAUGUGAGUUAGUCCCAUCCAACGUCAUAUCUAAUCAUCGUGUCUAUAUGCUCAAGGGCCAUCCUGUGCUUAUGCAAGUUCUGUCAUUUUUAAUUUUGUGUUUGUGCUGCACUUCCACAGAGUCCAGGAGGACCAUCCAAUCAUGUCUUUCACAGUUUCAAAGAACGGGAGGUUAGCGCUGCUGAAUGUGGCUACUCAGGUGAGUGGUUUGGCUUUUCUUUGGAGGUGGGGUGUUUUUGGGUAGGAAUAUGUCGAGCUGUCUGAGAGUGCACUGGUCAAUAUUCCCUGUCUGUCUGUAGGGUGUGCACCUGUGGGACCUACAUGACCGGGUGCUGGUGAGGAAGUAUCAGGGCGUGACACAGGGCUUCUACACCAUCCACUCCUGCUUUGGAGGACACAACGAAGACUUCAUCGCCAGUGGGAGUGAGGGUAAGGCCACGUCCCCUGCUAGUCGAUCUCAUCUGAGUCCAAAUUAUGCUUUGACAUUACUUUCGGUAUUAUUUGUAAACCUGGCAGUAUAACCACUCUAACUUACUCACACAUCAGUGUCGUGUUCAUUAGUGGACGCAAAGGAAAAGGAAAAUUAAAGUUUCUUAUUGGAAGGCCAGGUAGUCCCUCCCUGUUUGUUUGUUUUCUUCCUUUUGGUGCCUAAUGAACAAGACCCAGGAAAAGGUAGAGGAGAAUGUGUAACACUCACGUGGUCUGGUUUAUACUCUGUGUCCUCCAUCUACAGAUCACAAAGUGUACAUCUGGCACAGACGCAGUGAGCUGCCCAUCGCAGAGUUGACAGGUCACACACGUACAGUGAACUGUGUGAGCUGGAACCCUGUAGUGCCCGGUCUUUUGGCCAGCGCCUCAGAUGACAGCACCGUCCGAAUCUGGGGGCCCGCCCCUUUCCUCGAUGUCCAGGACACUGAGGGGCUAAACGGUACGGAUUUGUUUUUACUGGUCAUCAUACUUUAACUAGUGGCCUAGAUAACGAGCCCUUUUCAUAUCUGUCAUAUGUUUUUAGGUUCAGUGUCUAUUAUUACCAUGGCCUCUACACUGUAA